AGAACCCAAAUUCAGUCACAGCUCACAUCUCCUCAGAAACAUCUGAAAUUCAAGUGAGAAAUCGAUCAUCAAAAAAUGAUUUCAAGGGCCACAGCUUCUGGUUUCCCAGAUCUCUCUCAAGGCCUGCACAAUAUAUUUCCUGCUGCUGCUGCUGCUGUUAAUCUGGUUUCACCCUCUGUUGAAUCAGCUCCCUCUCAAUCAACCUCGCUCAUGUUCAAUCUCUCCCUCCUCAAAGACAGGCUCACUCAUGUCCAGACACUCGCGGGUAUUCUUAUUUCCUCGGAUCAGACCUUACCAGACUCUACCUGUACAACCUUAGCCAGUAUGAAUUCUAUCAUCCAGGAAUUCAUUGUCACUGCCUCCUCCAUGGUGCUCACGUGCCAACACAUGUUCCUUAGUUUCUCUCCACCACCAGAGAGCAAGGUAUCUUCUCUAGUCCUGAUGAUCAAACCUUGA